AUGCAUGAUGCGCGCGUGCGAAGCUGCCGCUGCCCGGCAGGCCUCGGCAACGUGAAGCCGUCCGGCGAGUUCAACUUCGUCUGCGACCCGGAGGCGGCGAACAUCGUGCUCGCGUCCGUGCGCCGACCCAUCUUAAUCGCCUCGUGGGAGGUCUGCCUCAACCACGGCCUCGACAUGGCGUGGAGGAAAACGGUGCUGGGCGCCGUCGACUCACCCGCGGCCCGCUUCUUCGGAGCCGCCGAGCGCGCCGUGCUUGAGGACCGCACCUUCGGCGACUGGAUCACGUGCGACCAAGCAGCCGCCGCCAUGCUAAUCCGGCCCGAGAUCGUGCUCAAACAGUCGACGCACCACGCCACGGUGGAGCUGCAUGGGAAGCUCACUCGCGGCCUGAUGGUGGUGGACCGGCGCAGCUGGAGCGAGCCCACGGCUCUUGGCAGGAACGUCACU